AGACUGGCAAUAAAAAGCAUGUACCCACAACUACAAGAAGCAUCUAAAAUAAAGAAGAGAGAAGAUGGCGAACAACGGUAAUGCAAACGGCAAUGUUUGGCAGUUUAAAGGAAACACUGCAACUAGUGAUGCGGCUGCGGUAGCUUUGAGAAAGCUUGUUUUUAAGAUGUUCAGAAACUACAACUUCAACAGCGGGAAACCCAUCUUGGCCCCAAGUCCCGGCGAGCCCUCCGCCUCUCCCAGCUUUCUGACUUGCCCAGUAGCAGAGGAAGCCGUGGCUGCAGCCGCACGCUCGGGCAUGGCUAACUCUUAUGCACCGAGCCCUGGAAUUUUAAAAGCUAGAAGGGCGGUAGCGGAUUAUCUAAACGGAGAGCUUCCAGCGAAGCUGACGGAGGAGGAUGUGUAUAUCACAGGUGGUUGCAAUCAGGCAAUAGAGAUUGUAAUAGAUUCCCUAGCCGGAAAUCCACUCGCCAACAUUCUGCUACCAAGGCCGGGUUACCCUCACUACGAUGCUCGUGCUGUCUAUAGUUGCCUUGAGAUUCGCAAGUACGAUCUCCUUCCCCAAAAAGAUUGGGAGAUAGACCUAGACGGCCUCGAGGCUGCUGCUGAUGAGAAUACAGUCGCAAUGGUACUUAUCAAUCCCAACAAUCCUUGUGGAAAUGUAUACAGCUACGAUCAUCUCAAUAAGGUUGCCGAGAUGGCUAGGAAACUUGGUAUAGUGGUGAUAUCUGAUGAAGUAUACAAACAUGUUGUAUAUGGAGACAGGCCUUUCAUUCCCAUGGGUAUCUUUGCAUCGAUAGCUCCAGUGAUCACGCUCGGAUCCAUAUCCAAAGGAUGGCUCGUCCCGGGUUGGAGAAUCGGCUGGAUGGCCAUGAAUGAUCCUAAUAGCAUUUUGAAAUCAGCAGGGGUUAUUCAAGCAAUAGAGGAUUGUUUAGACUUAACUCCACAACCUUCACUUAUUCUCCAGGAGGCACUUCCUGAUAUAUUAGAGAAAACACCUAAAGAGUUCUUCGACAAGAAGAUGAAAGCAAUGAGACACUCGGUAGAGCUUUCGUAUGAGAGGCUCAAGGACAUCCCUUGUCUCUUUUGUCCCAAGAAACCCGAAUCUUGUUCUUACUUAUGGGUAAAACUUGAUACGUCAAUGUUGGUUAAUAUCAAAAAUGACUUCGAGUUUUGCAUGAAGCUAGUUAGUGAGGAAAGCGUCCUCUUGAUUCCAGGAGUGGCUCUAGGGGCUCAUAAUUGGGUGAGAAUAUCUAUUGGAACCGACGCGUCAGUGCUAGAUGAGAUAUUUGACAGAAUAAAAACCUUCUACGAUCGCCAUGCAAUAAGGACCCUACCCAAGUCAUUGGGUCUAUACCUCUAUUGCAAUGAUCAGGAAAUGGAAACUUAAUUUUCUUUGUCCCUAAUGUCUCCAGGGUUUUCUUUUUGUAACAAAGGAAGAAUAAAUCUAAGUAUUUGAACUUUUGUAAUAUUUUAAGUCAUCAAUAAAAAGUUGAAUU